AUGCUCUUCAGAGAUGAGAGCCAGGCUGCAUCGGGCACUGUACCUCGCUGGCAAACUCGACACGCCCGACUGAGCCCACCAAACAACGUGCGCAAAUCCUCUCGUUCUCCGUCCAUCGGCGAUGGCCUAGAUGUUAGCCAUCACAAGGGUGCAGAGCAAUUCGUUGAGUCCGGCUUUCUUUCUGCGUUGGAGUCGGAUGCAGCCCUCUGCGCUGUACCAGCGAUCACGGCGGUAUUCGAGGGCAAAGUGGCUGCUGACUCAUCGCUUCAUGCGGUCAGAGAAGCUCUCGCUUUUGCCCUGAGAGCAGGUCGAGAUAGAAGUGACCAAAGUCUCGUUCACAAAUCUCGAAUGCAGUACGGUGCGGCGAUCUCCAGCCUUGCCCAGGACGUGCAAAAAUUGAAUCAUACCAGCGGUAACGCAGGCCUAUUGGCCAUCAUGCUGAUGCCUCUUGCUGGUAGCUCGAUGGAGACUGCUCCCAACUUGGCAUGGUGGGCCGCUCAUGUUCGGGCUGCAGAGAUCCUAGUCAGACAGCGGGGUAGGACGAUGGGUGCGGACAAGGGUUCCGUGCAGGUGUUGCUCACUGUCAGGUCUUUGGCUAUCCUGAGGUGUACGGCAACAGCGAAGCUUUUUACCGAUUUCAUAGACGAUGACGAUCCGAACUUGUUGUCCUGGCACGAUAUUCCCACGGAGUUCACGCUCAAUCCAGCUUACAAUUUGCUUCGUCUCAUCACACCUGUUCCGCAUCUCAGGUACGACGUUGAGGCAUUGCUCACCAAACCAGUGUCGACAGAAACCAACUUGAGAGCUCUUAGCUUGAUCGAGCGGUGUCAGGAGGUGGACCAAAGGCUGUCUUUGUGGGAGAAGAAUCUCCCCCGGAACUGGAAGGGCACCGAGGUUGAUUAUCGAGCUCCGCAGGUCUUGUCUGACGACCCAGACCUACGUACGCUGCUUGAAUGGCCUAAUGGCGGCACAGUCACUACCUACCGAGACCAGUGGGUGCUGUUUCAGCACUGUACCCUUAACACCUACAGAGCAUUCUUACAGUCGAUGAUUUUACGGUGCGGCGCGUGGUUGUUUGGCUUGCCCAUCGAAGCACAGCCUCCAGCCGUGAUUGGUGCCGCUGCAGGCCCGUUGCACGUGCCGUUAAUGGAGGCUCGCGAUAAUCUACUCGACAUUCUCGACUCUAUCUGCCGUUCUGAGAAGCAUCUAGGUGCUACGCCCAGUCAGUUCCGCAAGCCAUCGAUUCGAAACGUCCAUCAACUGCCACAUCCUGUUGGCGGUCCGUUGUUGCUCGCCCGUCACCUCUGGAUCGCGAAUUCCAUCAUCAUCGCCGACCAAAGGCACACAGCAUUCGUCAAGACCGCCUUACGUAUUCUCAGUAAGCGCUUUGGCUUCGGCAUUGCAGAGCAUCUAGCGCGGAAGGACGAGAUGUGUCCAACUCCACUAUUCUCGGUUGACCCGAAGCAUUACUCUGCCGAGGAUGAAGGGGCUGUAUCUCGAGAUGACGCCGGCAUUGCCGAGUCCACCACGGCUGAGUUUCAGGCUCUCGCGGUGUAG